AUGUCGAAAGUUAUUAGAAGCGUCAAGAAUGUCACAAAAGGAUACUCAAGUGUCCAGGUCAAGGUUCGCAAUGCUACCAGUAAUGAUCCGUGGGGCCCGACUGGGUCUGAGAUGACUGACAUCGCGCAAAUGACCUACAAUUCAUCAAACGAAUUUUACGAAAUUAUGGAUAUGCUAGACAAACGACUCAAUGACAAGGGAAAGAACUGGCGGCAUGUUCUUAAAGCGCUCAAGGUCUUGGACUAUUGUCUCCACGAAGGCUCGGAAUUAGUGGUCACCUGGGCGCACAAGAAUAUCUACAUAAUAAAAACGCUGAGAGAAUUUCAAUACAUCGAUGAAGACGGGCGGGAUGUAGGACAGAAUGUCAGAGUAUCGGCAAAGGAAUUGACCUCUUUGAUUUUGGAUGAAGAGAGAUUGCGAGCUGAGCGAAGUGAUCGGAAAAACUGGAAGUCGAGAGUUAGUGGCCUCGAUGAAGGAAUGGGCCCACACGAACAGCCUCAGACGCAACGACGAGAGCGACGCCCCCACCGAGCGCAACGUGCCGAUGAGGAGGACGCAGAAUACAGGUUGGCUAUAGAGGCAAGCAAAUACCAAGAGGAGGAAGACCGAAAGAAGAGGCAAAGCCGAAAUGGAGAGCCCGACGACGACGACCUCGCUAAAGCAAUCAAAUUAAGUAAGGAGGAAGAAGAACUAAGGCGAAGGGAGCUGGAGGACCAGAAUGCUUCGUCUCUCUUUGACGACGACUUGAUUCAGACUGCACACCAGACUGCCCAGCCAACGGGAUUCAACCAAGGAUAUCAACAGCAAAGCCAGGUCGACUGGUAUGGUAACCCUGUUGACCCGAAUAUGCAACAACAGCAGACUGGUGCCAUGUAUGGGCAGCCCACCGGCUACCCUCAGAAUGGAGGUUAUCAGACCGGGUUCCAACCACAACAAACUGGCGCUUUUGACCCUUAUGGAGCGCAAAACAUGCAAAACAUGCAAAGUAUUCAACCGCAACAAACCAGCUUCAAUCCUUAUCAACAAACCUCAAGUCCUUUCCAACCCCAACAACAACAGCAGGCUCCUGAACCGUUGAUCCCCGCAAACACCAAUAAUCCUUGGGCAACGGGCGCUCAGCAACAACAAGCUCAACCUAUCAUGCCGACUCCCACAGGUUCGAAUAAUCCUUUUGCAUCAUCAUUCAAUCAACCACGAACUAGUUCGGUACCCCCCAAGCCGACAUUGUCUACACUCGCGGAACAGAAAACGGCAACCUUUAACCCGAUCGCUUCAUACAAGCCACCACAAAAGGAGAUGGAUCCUCAACAUGCCAGAUUGAAUGCUCUCCUUGCCAGUGGAGAGGGAAUGGAUACCUUUGGCAACACUGGAGACCUUCGAAUUCCUGCCCAACACACAGCGCCUGGCACCUUUGUUAACAGUGCUGGCGCUGGACUAAACAGUAUGACCGCACAAGCAACGGGCACCAACCCGUUCUUACACAACCAAUAUACGGGAAUGCCGCAAACCUCAUAUGGUGGCAAUUCAAGUUCAUUCGGUGGCCAGCAAAUACCAGCGGCGACUGGUCCUGCUGGAAUGUCUAAUGGAUUCGGUGGUGGCGGCUAUGGCGGUCAACAAGCUAACAAUCCAUUUGGAACACGUCCGCAACAGGGACAGAAUGGACAAGGUGGGGAUCUGAUACAGUUUUAG